UCUGCAGGAAAAUUCAUCUACCAACCAUCAACCAUGAAGAUUCUUAGCUACCUCUUGGUUUACCGAAGGUUGCUGCUCAUUGUCCUCACUCCACUACUUUUACUUCCACUCCCACUUAUCAUCAAAACCAAAGAAGCAGAAUGUGCAUACACGUUGUUUGUGGUUGCCAUCUUUUGGCUCACAGAAGCUUUGCCACUGGCUGUUUCAGCUUUGCUCCCUGCCUUUAUGUUCCCAUUGUUUGGUAUAAUGGGAUCCAAGGAGGUGGCAUCUUCUUAUUUUAAAGACUUUCAUCUGCUGCUGAUUGGAGUAAUUUGCUUGGCAACGUCAAUAGAAAAAUGGAAUUUGCACAAAAGAGUGGCUUUAAGAAUGGUGAUGCUGGUGGGUGUCAAGCCUGCAUGGCUUAUGCUGGGUUUCAUGGUUAGCUGUGCUUUCUUGUCGAUGUGGCUCAGCAACACCUCUGCUGCUGCCAUGGUGAUGCCAAUUGUAGAGGCUGUAGCUCAGCAGAUCAUCAGAGCCGAAGUAGAAGCUGAUGCACUGGAGAUGUCUUGUUCUAAUGGAUCCGCCAACCCAGCACUGGAGCUGGACGAACACAUAGGAGACUGUGAAAACACUGAGUGGAAAGAAAAGCAAAUUAAUGGAUAUAACAACAGUGUGGCUAGUACUGUGUGCACAGUUGAAAAUGAAAAUGAAAAAGGAAAUGAACAGCAGAACCUACCACCUGCUGAAGCAGAGAGAAAAGGCAGAAAGGACAAAUACAAUGGGAUUCUCAAAGUGAUGUGCUUAUGUAUUGCUUAUUCUGCUACCAUUGGAGGGCUGACCACAAUCGCAGGAACAUCGACUAAUCUGAUUUUUACUGAGCACUUCAAUUCACGUUACCCAGGUUGCCAGUGCAUCAAUUUUGGAUCCUGGUUUAUCCUUGCCUUCCCCAUCGGAGUUAUUAUUCUGCUGCUGUCCUGGGUGUGGCUCCAGUGGCUUUUCCUUGGGUUUGAUUUUAAAAACAUGUUCAAGUGCAGCAAGAAGAAAACAGCUAGAGAAGAGGCCUCAUCACGGGUGAUUCAGGAGGAGUAUAAGAAACUUGGACCAAUGAGCUACCCAGAAACUGUUACACUUGUCUUAUUCAUUAUAAUGACCAUUCUGUGGUUCACCAGAGAUCCUGGCUUCAUCCCAGGGUGGUCUUCACUUUUCCCAGAGUAUAAAAGCUAUAUUAUGGAUUCAACAGCUGCCUUAGUGAUAGGCGUCCUGUUCUUUAUUAUUCCAGCAAAAACAUUGUCUAGGACUUCAAAUGGCGAAAACACUGUUUUUGGUUACACUCCACUCAUUACUUGGAAGGAAUUUCAGUCAUGCAUGCCCUGGGAAAUAGCUAUUCUCGUUGGUGGCGGGUUUGCACUGGCAGACGGCUGUGAGGUUUCAAAACUUUCUGAGUGGGUAGCAAGUAAAUUGACCCCUAUAGGAUCAUUACCAUUGUGGUUGGUUAUCCUGAUAUCCUGUCUUAUUGUCACUUCAGUAACGGAAGUAGCCAGCAAUGCAGCUACCAUUACAAUAUUUUUGCCCAUACUAUCUCCUUUGGCUGAAGCCAUUCAUGUGAAUCCACUUUUCAUUUUGAUACCUGCUACCUUGUGUACUUCCUUCGCAUUCCUGCUUCCUGUAUCAAACCCAUCCAAUGCCAUCGUAUUUUCAUAUGGUCAUUUAACUGUUAUGGACAUGGUGAAAGCUGGUUUGGGCAUUAACAUCAUCGGAGUUGCUGUAGUUAUGCUUGCAAUUAUGACAUGGAUAGUGCCUAUAUUUGAUCUCUAUACUUACCCAAGCUGGUUACCAAACAUUCCAUCUACAAAUGACACUGGGCUGUAAAAAAAAAAAAAAAAGUCUUGUUUCUUUUCUCACAUGUGGUGAGUCACUUAAAAUGCUUUUUGUCACCACAACGAUAAGGACUUACAUUACUAUAAAUGCCAUAUUUCACAGUCCCAGAGACUGAUGAUCCAGUCUGAGAGUCUAAUCAGGAAGAGUGCUAGACUUUCUAAAUAUCACAGUUAGAUAGGGUUUCUAAUCUAGUUCAGCUAGUCUGAAUUUUAAUAUCUUCAUGUUGUGAAGGAAAAAAAAUAAAUGUGCAUAGCCAUUAUCACUGGCAGUUUGCCCCCAUUCUCAGGGUAGCAGAAUAAUGAAAUGUACAUUUUAUUAUUUCAAAUAUGUGUUCUUGCUAUUUUUUAUUUGGGGGUUGUCAGAGAACAUAUUAGUUUUCUGUUUUCUAGAUUCAAACUCUGUUUGAAACAGUGUUGAUCAUAAACAAAAGAUCAGGCAGGGGACUCUCUUGAACACAUAGUUUACAGACCUGUCAGAAAUGCACAGAAAAAUGGAGAAUAGCAGCAUGACCACUUAAACAGCACUUUAUCUAUUAAACACCUUGUAACCUGGAAGGAGAAUACAUACUUAAGCAUAUGUUUAGUCUAACUGCUCCCAAGACCUCACUGAAACAUAUCGUUACUGCUGUGAAAACAAGAGUAGAAAAAAUUAAUAUUUCUCUGGAUUGACAUGUAUUGAUGGAUCUGAGUUGAUCUAUAUAAAUGGAGACUAAAUGAUCAUCAUAUCUCUCUGCCAAAAGUAGAGAUAAAUCCCCUUGAUGAAUGAAACCAUAAGAUAGACUGCUGAAGAUUUGACACUCAAACUGUCAAUGAAGUGCAUCUUCGCCUGCAGGCUCAUGAUCUCUGUAGAACAGGUGGCAGUUUAAGGUUACUAAACGGUGUUAAUGUUGUAAUGUUCUAAACACAAAACAGUGCAAUGUAGUCAGAAUGGAAGCUGGAGUUCAAAGAUAUCUUCAAAUAAUGAUGUUCUAUUUGGUUGUUACAUGUUUUUCACCAAAAGGACUAUCACCUGUUGGGAAGACCGGUGAUAAUUUGUAAAGAGCACGUAGCUAGUAGUCUGAAUGAAAGCUGCAUGUAUUUAGCUUGGAUCAUGCCUUGGGACACCUGCAUGAUAGUUGUAAACCUUAAUCUGUCUUUUAUAGAUAGUGUAAAUUAUCCAUUUUUCCUAAAAACAACAAC